CCUUUAUAAUCUGUGAAUAUAACCUUAAAGCGGAAAGAUCACUUGUGAUGUUUCCCCAAUGUGUUUUUAAAUAAUAUUUUAUAAUUCAAUAAGAAUGGAUGUUUCUGUAAAGUUUGUAGGUGGCGGUUCCAUUGUGAACUUGAAACCAGUGUUUUCCACAAAUGGAGAGAGUAUUUUCGUUGCUUCGAAAAACUCGAUUUCCCAGUACAACACCCGAACUGGCAAAGAGAUCUACCAAUAUAAAGGCUGGGAUACUGAUGUUAUUGGCUUCGAUUUCCAUGUGAUUGAUAGCUUGGAAUGCUUGAUUGCCUGCUCCAAGAGCGGACAAUUGCUUGUUUGGAAAGUUGGCAAUAAAGUCAUACUGCUUGAGGCGCAAAUCCCCAAGCAAAAUGUGACUUUCUUUGGUCUGGUUUCUGGCAACUUAGUGAACGGUCUGGACGUUUUAAUAGCCUACAAAGGAGUGCGGAAGCAAGCUGCUUUUUGCAUAGUGAAUACUAAGAAAAUCGACGAACAGAAGGUGGUGUUGAAGAUUCCCAAGCGAGCGUUCUCUGCGCAUAUUUGCAAGGAGAAGUUUUUUGCGGUGGUUAUGGGAAAUGUGGUUUACUUUGUUAGUUUGCAAACGUUCCUCAGAAGCAGCUAUAAGAUGGCAGAAAACAACCGAACUUUCACAUGCGUUGCCUGCCAUCCAGAGGAAGAAAUCGUGAUAACGGGAGACGAUACUGGAAGAGUCGUUCUGUGGCAGGGAAUUUUUUCGAAGAAAACUCAGGCUGUUUUCCAUUGGCACACUUUGCCAGUGAAUUGCGUCGCGUUUUCUACGUUGGGCAGCCACUUUUAUAGCGGCGCCAAUGAGUCAGUGCUAGUCAAAUGGAUAAUAGAAAAUCCCAGUAUAAAGCAAUUUCUGCCUAGAUUACCAGCGGGCAUUGCUCAGCUUGCAGUAUCGGACAACAAUGCCUAUGUUGCUGUCGCUACCUCGGACAAUGCGAUAAGAAUAAUCGACUCCAGAAUGAGCCAAGUGGGCCUUAUCCAGCAACUCGUUUUAGGGACUAACUACGAAAGUGGCAUUACAUAUGACCCAAUAACUCGGUCAAUAGUGAUGAAUGGCAAUGUUGGUUGUGUCCAGUUCUAUUCCCCCAGCGACAUGUCUCUUCUUUAUAAUGUUGAUAUAGUGAAUCAAAAUAAAUUAACAGAUGAAAGAAACUGUAAGAUAGAAAACACUGAAGUGAUCAAACUGGCGCUAAGCGAGGAUGGCAGGUGGUUAGCCACUACUGAAGAGCGAAAAGAAGGGAAACUCUGCAAGGAGCUAAGGCUAAAAUUUUGGUUUUUCGACACAACAAAGCAAAGCUACGAGCUCAACACUUCGGCGGAAUUUCCUCAUGAAGGUUCAAUAAAUUCUGUGCAGUUUCAACCUUCGUUUAAAGGGGACAAUUUGAAAUGCAUCACUGUUGGAAACGAUAAGUCCUUCAAGGUUUGGCAAGUAAUACAAAUCAGCAAUGUUUACAGAUCAGGCCCAGUGUGGAAAUGUGUAAAUAUCGGGUCGUUCCGCGAUAUGCCCUGUCGCGGAUUAUCCUUUUCGAUAGAUGGUUCUUUAUUUGCCAUUGCCUUUGGCCCUAUUUUGACCGUAUGGGCUGCCGAAAACUGCGAACUUAAAAGUUCACUGCUGCACUCCAGUUACAAGGAGAAAAUUAAGUGUAUUCAAUUUGGAAAAGGAAGCCAGUGCCAUUUGAUUGUAACAGCCAGUAAAUCGCAUCUGUGCGUUUGGAAUAUACUGACCUUAACGUUAAGUUGGGUGGCAAAUGUUCCCGAUAUUACCCUGCUGGUUGCUGACUCAUUAUCCACAUACAUGAUACUGCUGUGCAAUGGCAAGAAAAAUAGAAAGCCCGUUCGGACAAUGUAUAUUUUCGAGCCAGCAGCUUCGACCCUCUUAUUUUCCAGCAACGAUCUAAUUAAGGAAAGUGAGAACAUUGUAGCAGCCACAUUUGUGCCUAGCAGUUACAGUAGUGAUACCAGGCUGCAAUGGUAUGAGCGCACGAAUCUGUUUUUCAUGACUGCUCGCAGUGAGCUGUAUUGUAUAAGUAAAAGUGAAGAGCCGUACGUCUAUAAGGAAAAUGUGGAAGAUUUUUCGGAAAAACUGUCGAUAUUUGAUAAGAUAAAACCGAAAAUUCAAACCAGCCAAGUAACACGCGAUGUUAAGCAGCACAUGUUCCGAAGAGAUAUGAGCUACAAAGGCUAUAAAGAUUACAUUGAAGCACCAUUGGAAACUCUUCCUCCAAUCAGCUUAUUAGCAGCAUCGCUCCUCAAAAGUCUCGUUAUUCAACGAGAGGAAUUUCCUAAACAUGUAUGAAAAUAAAGUUUUAACAAAA